CGAGUCAGCAGCCCGGAAGAGGGAAAUGUCAACAAAACGAGGUGGUGUUUUUGAACAUUUGGUAGAAAACGACGGUCCUGCACAGCUGUCCUCGCUCGGAGGACAACCACAAGAGGUCCUUGCUUGAAGCCGCACGUUUUAAAAUCUCCAAAAACAGUGCUUCUGAGAGGCAUGAAUGACUUUGCAGUUCUCAACACGGGGCGGAAGAUGCCCCUCCUUGGACUGGGGACGUGGAAGAGUGAACCCGGAAAGGUGAAACAAGCCGUUAUUUGGGCAUUGGAUGCUGGGUAUCGCCACAUCGACUGCGCAGCAAUCUAUGGCAAUGAGGGCGAGAUUGGCGAAGCCCUGCAGGAGACCCUCGGCCCCGGCAAGGCCCUGCGGAGAGAGGACGUGUUCAUCACAUCCAAGCUGUGGAACAACCGGCAUCACCCGGAGGACGUGGAGCCGGCCCUCCUCAAGACCCUGAAGGACCUGAAGCUGGAGUAUCUGGACCUCUACCUCAUCCACUGGCCCUACGCCUUUCAACAAGGAGAUGCUCCCUUCCCCAAAAAAGAGGACGGCACCCUGCUGUACGACGACAUAGACUACAAGCUGACCUGGGCUUCCAUGGAGAAGCUGGUGGAGAAGGGCCUCGUCCGAUCUAUCGGCCUGUCCAACUUCAACAGUCGGCAGAUAGACGACGUCCUGUCGGUCGCCAGCAUCAAACCCACUGUCCUGCAGGUAGAGAGCCACCCGUACUUGGCCCAGGCAGAGCUGCUGGCGCACUGUCGGGACCGGGGCCUGGUGAUGACGGCCUACAGCCCUCUGGGCUCUUCUGACCGCGCCUGGAAGCAUCCGGAUGAACCCGUCCUGCUUCAGGAGCUUGUGAUGUCCACCCUGGGGGAGAAGUAUAGAAAGUCCCCUGCUCAGAUUAUCUUGAGGUGGCAGACACAACGAGGAGUGGUGACAAUCCCCAAGAGUGUGACAGAGUCCCGUAUCAAAGAGAACAUUCAGGUGUUUGACUUCACCCUUGACGCAGAGGAAAUGAAGAGUAUUGAAGCCCUGAACAGGGGCUGGCGCUACAUCGUACCAAUGAUCCAAGUGGAAGGAGAACGAGUCCCACGGGAUGCAGGACAUCCUCACUACCCUUUCAUCGACCCCUACUGACGACGCACUGACACCUACACUUGUGCCUUCAACACUUCCUGUAACGCUAAUAAGUGUUCCUAGUUUCUUUAGAUAAGGUUAAACUCUGCACUUAUCAUUAGAAUUUCAAGUUAUUGUUGGUGAUAAACACCGGAAAUCCUGGUGUGACUGUAUACAUAUUACAUACAGUACAUUUUUUUUAAAUAAACAUUUUGGUACUUCA